AUGCCUCCCUGCCCCGAACAGUUGUGGAUGUGCAGCCAUCACCUCAGACGGGAGGGAUCUGACCCCCGGCUGGUCGUGGUGGGCGACACGCAUGGCCAGCUCCAGGAUGUCCUUCACAUCCUCGAGGAGAACGGCCCGCCGUCCGAAGAGGUUGCGUACCUCUUCAAUGGGGACAUUGUCGAUCGGGGGCGCCACGCCGUCGAGAUUUGGAUGCUGAUCAUUGCCUACAAGCUUGCUUUCCCCCGCAGCGUCUUCGUGCUUCGUGGAAACCACGAGAACGACCAAAUGAUUGCCAGGCCGUUCAAAAUGGGCGGCGGGUUCUCAGAGGAGUGUCUCAGCAAAUACAACCAUGCGGUGCUUGCUGCCUUCCAGCGCAUGUUCAAGCGGCUCCCGCUCUUCGCCGUGGUGGCGCGGGAGAUCUUCGUGGUGCACGGGGGCCUCUUUCGAAGCCCCGGAGUGACGCUCCAGUCUCUGCGUGAACUUCCAGAGGGAGAUUGGCAGCGGAACUACCCCAAUCCACUGAAGAAGGACGAGAUCGACCGAGGCCAAGCGUGGACGAGGAACGAGGAGAUCCUCUUUGACGCACUUUGGGCCGAUCCUCACCUCGGCUCUGGAUCGAAAAGGCGCCUUCCUCGCAAGAAGUUACAGAUCAAGCUGCCCUGUCCGCUUGCCUUCGGCCUGCGCAGGCCUUUCACAGUGCCGUUGCAGCGCAAGAACGUGGGAAAUGCUCCUGCCCAGCAGACGUUCGACAUUGCAGACAUCGGCGAGGGCCUGCGAAUCGAGGCAAUGAGCCAAGAGCGUUGCGAGACAGAGCGCCUCAAGGAGAUGGCGAAGCUCUACUUGGAUGGCUUUGGCGGGAAGCGCUUCUGCCUCUGCUGCCGGAACACCGAGGUCGAAACCGUGUCAGGUGUGCGGUCUGCCUACACACGGUUUCCAGAGAGCAAGCUGAAGGCCUGUGGCGUGGCUGUCGACGCUUCGGGGAAGGAGCUUGGCCUGAUCCAGCUGGGCUUCCAUGACACACCAGGCGACUGGGAGAUUCCCUCUUGCUGCGUGUGCAUGAACGCGACGGUGAAGGCGGACGAAUGCCACGUGGAGCGGAUCGUGGUCGGAGCAGCUGCACGAGGCAAAGGUCUCGGCACCAAGCUUCUCAACUGGGCGGAAGAUCGCGCCCGAGAACGGGGCUGCAAGACGAUGUUCUUAGAGGUAGUCAGUGGCAACCCGGCCAAGAAGCUGUACGAGAAGCAUGGCUACGUCACCGCGACCAGCAAUUUCGGGAGAUGUAUGAUGUGCCCACUGACCUUCUGCGUCCUGGGCCACGUCUACGCCGACACCAUGCGGAAGCCUCUUUCUUGA